UGUUACUCAACAACAACAACAUUUUGCGCAUAGUUGUUUUUGUUUUUGUUAUGAACAAGAGAGAGUGGGAGAGUGGAGGAAAAAAAAAGAGAGGAACUUGGCGUUGAAUGAUGACACAAAUUUUUUUUUGCACUUUGUCAUAUAAAUAUUGAAUUACAAAAAAAAACAAUCCGGUUUUUUAUUAAUUGGCAUCUGAUAGUUGGCAUCUGAUGACUGGAAUAAAGUACAAGUACUUUUUAUAAAUAAAUUUGAUUAAAUUAAUUGUUCAAUUAUUUUCAUUGAAGAAUAUAAAUUGUGUGAAGAUAAACAUUAAUUUUUAUAUUUUAUAAAGAGGGUAGUUUUUGUGGUGGUGUAUUGUCUUCUUGACGUCACAUCGAUUUAUCAACAACACAAUGUGUACAUCCAUGACAAAUCAGGUAAAAAACUUUGACGACGAGACAAUGUGGGAAGCAUCGAAAAAGUUGAUAUACAGUUUAAUUCGUUGUAUAAUUGUCCAGCUACAUUACUGGUUUGAUUGUUCAAUUGAUUUUAUAUUUGGACUUUAUUAUCAUGGUAAAGAAAAAAAAGUACCACCUGGCAAAAAUCCAAUUCUUCUGGACAGUGCUGUUACGUUGGCUGAAAAAAUACGAAAUAAAAAGGUAUCUUGUCAAGCAGUUGUAACAGCAUUUAUUGACAGAUGCAAAGAAGUCAAUGGUUUGACAAAUAUAAUUGUUGAUGAAAGAUAUGAUGAUGCUAUUCAAGAAGCCAAAAAAGUUGACGAGUUACUUGCAUGUGAUAUUGAUAUUGAUAUACUCAAAAUAACAAAGCCAUUUUUAGGUGUUCCAUUUACAACAAAAGAGAGUAAUGCAGCAAAAGGUUUACUACACUCAAUUGGAAUGAUGAAAAGACGUGGUUAUCGAGCAACAGAAGAUGCAACUGUUAUUGCAAGUGUCAAGGAAUCUGGUGCCAUAUUAAUUGCCAAGACAAAUAUACCAGAAAUGAAUUUAUGGGUUGAGUCAAGAAAUCUUGUUUAUGGACAAACAAAUAAUCCAUACAAUACAACAAGAGGCGUUGGUGGAUCAAGUGGUGGUGAUGCUGCAAUAACAGCAUGUUGUGGUGCACCAUUUGCUGUUGGAAGUGAUAUUGGUGGAUCAAUUCGUAUGCCAGCAUUUUUCAAUGGAGUUUUUGGAUUAAAACCAAGUCAAAAUGCAACACCCUUGAAAGGAAUUGGAUUACGACAAGAUGAAAGCUCAUCAAGUAUGGCAGAAGCUGGACCAAUUUGUAAACGUUCUGAGGAUCUUUUGCCAUUGUUGAAAAUAAUGACUCAUGAUGAUAAAUUAAGAGAAGCACUGGAUACACCAGUUGAAAUUGAAAAGAUAAAAAUUUUAUAUCAAGAAGGCUCUGGUGAUCUUCGAGCAAGUAAAAUAAGUCCAGACAUGAGAGCAGCCCUCAGUAAAGCUGUUAAACACUUGAAAGAUGUUACUGGAUCUGCUGAAAAAAUUAAAUUACCAGGAUCAGAAUAUAGUUUUAAAUUGUGGAAAUAUUGGAUGACACAGGAGGGAGCUGAUUUUAAAUCUGAUAUUACAAAUAGAACUUCAAGAACAAGUGCAAGCGAAGAAAUUGUUAAAUUAUUAACAAAUAAAUCUGAAAUAACAUUGGCAGCUAUUCUCAAGCUUGUUGAUGAAGAUUAUUUUCCCAAAGAAAAUCCAGAAUGGGCUGAAGCUGUUACUGCUGAGAUGAAAAAGUUUUUGCUUAAAAAACUUGGUGACAAUGGAGUUUUAAUUUAUCCCUCAUCACCAUUCACUGCAAGCUAUCAUUGUUCAUACUUUUUACGACCUUUUAAUUUUGGCUACUGGUGUCUUUUUAAUGCUCUCAGAUUACCAGUUUGUCAAGUACCACUUGGUCUUGACAGCGAAGGUCUGCCAGUUGGUGUUCAGGUUGUUGCUGCACCUCAUAAAGAUUAUCUUUGUGUUGCAGUUGCUAAAGAACUGGAAAAAACAUUUGGUGGAUGGGUACCACCAUCAUAAAAAUUUAAAUAACAUCGUUAACUAAAAAAUAUAUAAUAAAAAUAAAAAUAUAAAAAGUAUAUGACCACAAAUAGCAACAAUAAAUAACAAUUAAGUAUUGUAUGUAAUUUAUAAAUGUCGAGUUACUAAAGGUUUUUUAAUAUUUGGCACAAAUAUCGUUGUCGAAAAAAAAAAAGAAAUAAUAUUAAUAUUUAGCUUUCUUAUUGCAUAUUUUUUUUCUAUUUAAAAAUAUUGUAGAAUUUUUUUUCAGUCUUUCACGUAAUAAUACUUUGAGUGUACUUUAAUAAUUUUUAUUAUUAUUAAUUUUUUUAUUAACUUAAUGGUAAGUUUAACUUAAAAAAAAAAUAUAUAAAUGUAUUGAUGAUUUUUAUAAUCAAGUUUUUUAGUGUUAAAAAUAAUUUUUGAGUUUAUUUAAUUUUCAUAUAAAUUUUUAUUUCAUUCAAUGAUAUUCUUUGUUAUAAUACAGCCAUAAAUACAUAAAUUUGAAUAUAAAUUAAUUGAA